GCCUCCCACCUUGCUGCUUGCGAACUAGACAUCUUGGACGAACUAAGAAUUCGAAAGGCAAUCUGGUCUCGGAUUCACACUGUCAUCAAAUUCAAGUAAUGAUGCUACCAAUUACUCAGUCGAGCUCUGAGGCAGCCAGACGCUUCAUCGCUUUCGUGAACGCAUCACCAACUCCCUUUCAUGCCGUAACUAAUGCAUCGAUACGACUGGAAGCAUCUGGAUUCAAGAAGAUCCGGGAGACAGACGAUUGGGAGAAGACUCUGCAACCCCGAGGGAAAUAUUACUUUACCCGCAAUCAGAGCUCACUAGUUGCUUUUACCAUUCCACCAAACUGGAAGGCCGGUGCGGGCUUAUCUAUCGUGGCUACACACGUUGAUAGUCCGAAUCUGAGGGUGCGCCCGAUAUCCAAGCGAGAGAAGACUGGGUACCUCCAGGUCGGAGUAGAAACUUAUGGUGGAGGUAUCUGGCACUCUUGGUUCGAUCGGGACCUCUCCUUGGCUGGGAGAGUCGUGGUCACACAACAAGAUGGGACCUUUCAAUCAAAGCUCAUCAAGGUUGACCGGCCUCUGUUGCGUAUUCCUACUCUCGCUAUUCACCUGGACAGAAAUGUCAAUGACAGCUUGAAGUUCAACCAAGAGACAGAAUUUGUACCCAUUCUAGGUCUUGUCGCGGAAAACUUGAACAAGACAUCCAAAGAUGACAAGGUACCACUUUCGAACGCGACAGCUGCUAGCAUACAGGGCAAUCAUCACCCGGCUCUUCUAUCUGUCAUUGCCAACGAACUGUCAGUUUCUCCUCAAGAGAUUCAUGAUUUUGAAUUGCAUUUAUAUGAUACCCAACCUUCUGUCUUGGGAGGCAUUAAUAAUGAGUUCAUGUUCAGCCCUCGCAUGGACAAUCAGGUUUGCUCCUUCUGUGCUGUGGACGCCAUCUCCACCUUUGUCUCGUCUCCUAAUUUCAAUGUUCUCGAGGGCAACGUCAAUUGCAUCGCCCUCUUCAAUCAUGAGGAAAUUGGCAGCGUCUCCACAUCUGGGGCAGAAUCUUCCUUAAUUCCCUCGCUCCUGCAGCGCCUAUCUCCUAGUCCUGCGCUUCACUCACAGUCUGUUGCUCGGUCAUUCCUCAUAUCGGCGGAUAUGGGUCAUGCAGUUCACCCGAACUAUACCUCUAAGCACGAGGAGAACCACCAGCCGACUAUGAACGGAGGUAUUGUCAUCAAGACCAAUGCAAAACAGAAAUACGCCAGCGACGCAAUCGGGUCCUUCGUUGUGAAGAAACUCGUGGAGCGCAAAGGAGGCAAGGUUCAGGAGUAUGAGGUUCGAAACGACAUGGCAUGCGGUUCGACAGUUGGACCAAUGUUAUCGAAGAUUGGCUUGCGCACAGUAGAUGUCGGUAAUGCCAUGUUGUCUAUGCACUCCAUUCGUGAGACUGCAGGCUCUCAUGACGUCCAAAGCGCGAUCGACCUCUUCACCUCAUUCUUUGAAGGGUUUGCUGAGUUGGAUAAGACGCUCACCCUGGAUUAGUUUACUUCUGCAAUGGGCUGCACUGUAUACACCAUCAUAUGUCGCUCGUGUGGUUGGGGCACUCUCACAUACAUUGAAACGAACCACAAAUGUACAUGUCAUCGUUUUUGCCGUUUACUCGAUGUC